AUGGCUGCACGUGGCGGCUGCAGCUCAACUUCUGUCCAACUUUAUUUAUGUUCCAACCCACUCGACAAUGUGGUCGAACGUCGAGCCCUGAGAGAAGAAGUAUUUCCUAGAUUCAGAGCGCACUGCAGACAUGAGCUGGGACUGGACCUCAGGGUCAUUGACCCGUUUGAAUCGCCUGAGUGUGACAAAUGGCCAGAUGAAAACAGCAGAAAACAGAUGAUAAAAGAAUGCAGAGAGAGUUCUGUUGGGCCAUGUUUACUGGCUCUGAUUGGACCCGAGUAUGGGUCAGUUGGGCUGCCCUCUCAGGUGGCAGUGCCUGAAUAUCAGCUGCUGCUACAGGAGAGCCAGCGGGGCGGGGUCAGCACUGCAGAGCUGGAGAAAGUCUACAGCCGUGACGAAAACACUGUCCCACCAUCCUACUGCCUCCAGCCCCAGGCUGAAAAUGAACUGGACACGUGUAAAAAGGUGUUUGAGACAGCUGUGAACCUGUGCGUACUGAACGGAAAGAUGACUCCGGAGAAAGCUCAAGGUUACUGCAGAUCAGCUCUGGAUGCAGAUCUGCGCUACGCACUGGAUGAAAAUGCUCAGGGAGACAUCAGUGGACGCUGUCUUGUUUACAUCCACAAGGUCAUUGUCGGCGCCAAAGUGAAGCCUCCCCAGCAAACUAAGUCCCAGGGCAAAGAUAAUGCCAUGUCCUCCCUCCUCACUCCUGAAGCAUUACUAACAUCUCUUUGUGACCACUUCCUCUUUCGCCUGAUCUCACCCUGCAACCUCCAAGUCUACACCACCACGACCCACUGUCCCCACACGUACACCGCAGCCCGGAGGAGGUGCUACGCCGACUCCCUGUGCCACCAGAUGACCUCCGACCUUGUGAAAAUGACACAACAUUUGGAGAUGCCCAAGCUUCUAUUUACAAGUGAUGCGUUUGCCCGGGAGCAAUCAGAGCAAGAGGAACUGUGCAAAGUCACAUCUCGGCUUUAUGAAAUACCUCGCCCAGAAGAGAAAAAUCUGAAAACGUAUAUCCAAAACGAACAAUGGCGCCCUCUAGUGAUCAUAGGUGGUCCAUGCACUGGAAAAACUGUGCUGCUGGCUCACUGCUCCAGACAGAUAGAAUCAUGGCUCCCAGACACUGAACCAGUGGUGAUUCUGUAUUUCUGCAGUCCAUCUGUUAACCCUUCCCCCAAACACCUCUUGUCCAGCUUGUGUUCUCAAAUUGUGAAGCGCUACGACUGCUAUUUUCCUCCUAAUUCUCAGGAAGAUUCCAACUUUGGCAAAGACGACAUCUCGGAACAGAGCUCUUCUAACAAAUAUUGCAACUUUGAUCCACCUCGUCCCAACUCAGACUCUGACACAACCAUCUCAGAGCUGAAGACACAUCUUUUAUCACUAAUGUCCUCGUUGCCUUCUGCCGAGCGCCCUUUAGUGAUACUUAUAAAUGGCCUGGAUCAAAUUUACAAUAACUAUGGAUGCCAAGUUGUUGAGUGUUUCUCCUCUCCGCUUCCUCCCAGUGUCAAACUCAUAAUCACUACUUCCUCCAAACAAAAGCAUAUCGUUGAAGCUGUUGAACUACAUUACCCACAGUGCAGCCUGUCUUGCUCUGAGCCUGAAGUCGGUCGAGAAUGUUUCAGUUUGCAGUUAGGGCUCCCAUCCAGGAAGGAGAGCGUGAAGAUGCUGAGCUCUCUGCUGUCUGGCUUUGGGAGGAGGAUCACGUCAGGACAACAGGUCGUAGUGAACCAAGCACUGGAUACAUGUCGCCUGCCGCUGUACGUCCGCCUGCUGCACCUGCUCACCUCACUCUGGCACUCAGACUCUGAGGUGAUCAAGGGGAGCCUGCCUGAUGGAGUCCAUGCUGCUGUCUCCUCUCUGCUGGAUCACCUGGAACUCAAACAUGGCUCGGUCUUGGUGGCUCACGCUGUCUGCUUCAUGACCCUCUCCAGGACCGGACUCACAGAGGCCGAGCUGGCAGAUCUACUGUCCAAUAACAAUAAGUCAAAACAAAACUCCAGAGAUCCACACGUCUCAUCAGUGAGACACCGCAGAGCAGACAUGGAGGUGCAGUGCUGGGGAGACGGCUCCAGCGGCCAGCUUGGACCCAGGCAGACCGCCUCUAGUCCCGUGUCCUGGAUGGUACCACAAAUGAUUUCCAAAAUAACAUGCGGAGAGAAGCACACUGUAUUUCUGACCCAAAGUGGGGACGUUUUAUCCUGCGGACGCAACACAUGCGGACAACUGGGCCGAAAGAUGAGCAAAAAGGGAGAUGUGAUUGAGCAGGUCCAGGGCCUGGGCCAGGUGGAGACUGUGGCGUGUGGACAGGACCACUGUGUGGCUGUGUGUUCUGGGAGGAUAUUCUCCUGGGGGGCUGGAGAAGAUGGGCAGCUGGGGCUACCAGCACAUGAACUGGGAAACCUAUACAGGCCCCGCCAUGUGUCGUGGCCAUUCUCAAUCCCAGUGGUACAAGUGGCUUGUGGAAAAUCCCAUUCUUUGGCUUUGACUAAAGGUGGAGAUGUGUACUCCUGGGGUCUGAACAGCCAUGGUCAGCUGGGCCAGGGCAAGACUCUGUCUCUACAAUACAGUCCUAUGGUGGUGCAUCAGCUGAGCGGAGUCGCUGUGAGCAUGAUCUCAGCUGGAUCCAACUUCUCCCUGUUCCUGACACUGUCCGGACUGGUGUACUGCUGCGGGGCCAAUGAUGUGGGACAACUUGGACUCAACAGGGUCGACCAGAGAGGACGGUUCAAUGUCUGUGUCGUACCUGCCCUGCGACCGCUGGAGGUGUCUUUUGUCAGCUGUGGAGAAGCACACUGUGCCAUUUUAACCAAGAACGGCCAGGUUUGGACAUUUGGAGAAGGCACCCAUGGCCAGCUCGGGCACAACUCGACAGCCAACGAGCUGAAGCCGAGACAGGUCGAUGGUUGGGAUGGACCAGCCUCACAGGUUUCCUGUGGAAGACGUCACACUUUAGUUUUGAGUUCUUCUGGUCAGCUUUGGGCAUUUGGCGAUGGGACCAAAGGCCAGCUCGGAAAUGACCAAACAGAGUUUAGCCUGGUUCCUGUGGAAGUCCAGCUCACAACGACCACAAGAUCAAACACAGACUUCAAAAUAUCGGCUGGCUGGGACACAAACUUUGCCUACACAUCACAGAGUUCAAGGGAAAAUCAAAUCAUCGGCCGGCUCGGGGAGGAAACACUGCAAAGAUGGGUGUCAACAUGUCAACCGAUUCCAGAAGUAGUGAAAGAGCUGGUGUGGAGAAACUACUCACUCUCAAGUCUUGUUGCCAGUUUUACAAAGCCUGAGGGCUCGGUCAUGGAAGCAGGAAGCAUAUCAGUGGAUCUAGAAGCAGCCAGUAAAGCAUUUGACAGGAUGGUGGCAGUUCCCUGGAUCAGAAAUUCACUGAAUUUUGAGAGGUUGUUUAGCCUUCUCCUGCGGUCCAGACUCUCCAUGACCUCACCAGAGUUCAUCCUGCUCGCGCUGAGCUGCCCCUUGCUGCAGGAGGACUCCAAUGUCAUGAGAGGGGUUCUGCCGCUCGCCAUCAUGAUCAUGGAAUUACAAGACGAUACUCUAUCUAAACUGAAAAAGUGGUGGUCUUCUGUUUCACCCACAAUUUUGAUGAAGCACAUUCUGGUUUUCAAAAAUGCCUUAGUUUUUAUGUUAACAAAUAACCUUUUAUUGACCCACUACCCAGGCAUCAAAUACACGCUGAAGGUCCUCAAACUUCUCUUCAAGGCAAAUAAAUCAGGAACGCCUUAUAAAGUCCCCAUCAGCACCUUUUAUGUGGAGGAUGUUCUCUUAUGCACUGACCCACAGGAGGAUAUACUGACCUGGCUUCACCCUUUGGAGCAAGAGGAGAAGGAUGAACCAAAAUCACCUCUCAGCUUCUGCAGCUAUCCUUUUGUGCUGCCACUCAUCGGCAAGCUCGCCGUCUUCAGAGUCAUUACCACAGCAAUGAAGACAGUCCAUGAAGCUGCGCACAAUCUCUACAAUGUGUGGUCCCCUGAGUGGAGGCUUGUCGACCCUGACAGUGUCCCGGACUUUGCCCCAGCCCCGGUCUUCCAGCUGACCAUUAGACGCCCCCACCUGGUGGAGGACACCUUCCGACAGCUCUAUGCUGCUGACGAAGAAGCUUUCCAAAGAGAGCUUGUGGUGCAGUUUGUGGACGACAGAAAGGUGACCCUGGUGAACAGAAGAGAUCUUUUCCUUCAUGUCUUUGAAGAACUCUUGACUCCACAAUCGGACAUGUUCAUGCACAACGACAGCAAGACUCUGUUUUGGUUUCCUCCCAAGCUGAAGGUGGCAGAGAAGCAGUACUAUGUGUUUGGCGUGCUGUGUGGCCUGGCUCUGUACAACCUCAACAUCAUCCACCUGCCCUUUCCUCUGGUCCUCUUCAAGAAACUGCUCCGAGUGAAGCCUUCUCUGGACGAUCUGAGGGAGUUUGAGCCGACAAUGGCCCGGUCCUUUCAGUGCAUCCUGGAGGAAUACACGCCUGAAGUGAUCUCAAGCCUCAACACCACGUUUGCUGCGCCUUGGGGAGGUGAAGUCGCAGAGCUAGAUCCAAAGGAACCUGGAAAACCUGUCACAAGUUCCAACAAAAAAGCGUUCGUAAGCACGUUCAUCAACCACGCUUUCAACACAUCGGUGGCGAAGGCGUACGAGGCCUUUGAGAGAGGCUUCUUCAAAGUGUGCAGUAUGAAAGUGGUGGAUCUGUUUGAGCCUCAGGAGCUGCAGGAAGUGCUCAUAGGGAAGGACUCCUGGGACUGGGAGACUCUAAAAGAGAACACAGAAUAUGAAGGAGGUUACCAUGCCGAUCAUCCCACCAUCAUUACGUUUUGGCAAGUUCUGUUUGAACUGACGGAAGAUCAGAAGAAGGGCUUCUUUUUGUUUGUGACCGGUUAUAGCCGUGUGCCCUUCAUGGGGAUGAAGAGCAUUAGGAUGACCAUCGCUAUGAAGCAAGAAGGCACAGAGGAGCACUUCCCAGAAGCCCUCACCUGCCACACUCUGCUGAUCCUACCCCUGUACCAGAGAUACCCCCUGGAGAGGACCAUGAAGGCCCGUCUGCUGCAGGCCAUCAACCACAACCGAGGCUUUUGGAAGGAAUAG